AUUGAUGAUAUAUUCUAAAACUUUUUCUACUAGUGAGUAGCCUGACCGUUUCGGGCGUUUGUUUAAUUGAAAUGCAAAGACUUGCUACACUGAUAAUUAAGCAUCCAUAAGUAAUUUAAAUUUGUUUAGGUUUUCAAGUCUGUGUCAAUAAGUGACCAGGGUUCGAAAUUAACUAUUACAAGCACUAGUCCGUACGGACUAGUCACUAUUGAUGUUCACUAGUCCGCAAAGCAUUUCACUAGUCCGCCCAGUAUAUCAUAAUAUGUUUUACGGCGUGACUGUGUUUGAGGGCGAAGCAAAAAAAUUUUGGCAUUGGUGUCUAUAUCCAAAACAGAACAAAAACAACCCGAAGUUAGCAUGAUUUGAUCCGCCUAUAUAUUGAACGCGGGAAAUAUAACGCAAAUGAUGUAAACAGUACAUUGUGACGUCAUAUUCAGCGUCGUAUUUUAGCAGAUUUACAAACAUAGCGUCUGAACCACAACAACAAACAUGGCGUUAAUGGUGGAAUGAUUAAAAAAAAAAAAGAUUUACAUGCUUUUACGAAUUUUUGUAACAUCUCAGAACGACGUGAACUAGGGUAGACGAGAUUCAAAAUGGAGAAAUACAUGUCCACGCGAUAGUAUUCGAUUCGACGCCAUUAGUACCAAAAUUUUCAAGUUCCAUAGGUAUGGUUUAAUUUUUCAUUGUUUUCCUAUAUUUUCCUUUUAAACAUGUAUAUACGUGUUACCUAUAGGGAGAGCUCCGCUCUCACGGCCCUUCGGGCCGUGAGAGGGCUUCGCCCUCUAUUAAGUGGUCUUCAUUUUAUUCAAUAACAUUUAAUGAAACCAAACAUCACAGUUGCAAGCAAUUCAGUUUCUGACACCUACAGAAGAAAAAGACCACCAUACUUUAUUUUGCAUUCAAGAUCUUCAGAAGCAUACAGUAACCUCCGAGUUAAUCCUUUUAUAAACGUCUAUAAGUGCGUUCGAUAUCGACGAUCCCAUUGUUUUCAUGCUCAGCUCUUAGAGUCACAGGAGUUUGAAAUUUUAUCAAUAGUCAAUAACAUUAACUCGAUUGACCAAGCCAUGAGCUAUAAUGUUACGAACUCCUGUGUUAGAGUUGCGAAUGACAAGAACAUGUGCUUAUUCUUAGAUCACGCUACUUGCAGUUCUUGCACCUCGAACCCGUUCUCGUGAUGCGUACUCAGAGUUCGGAAUUGACAAGAAUUUGUGCUCGUUCAAAGAACAACGGUCUCAACCAUGCAGAAAAUGGUGAAUUAGAAGAAUGUGUGUAUGCAUGUGAUUCAGGAGAAAUAAUUCGUGAACAGGAAUUCUGCUUCCUCCAGAUGACUUCAUGGCAACAUGGCAAGCAGUACUGGUCUUUGUGUGUGGCAUUUUAACUUCAUAUGCAUUAUAUUAUAUUUUGAAUAUACCUGUACAGCCAUGCCACACUUUGCGCAGGAGAAACUUGACACUCGCAAUUGGAGUAAUGUCAGCCCCGGGAAACUUUGAGCGCAGAGCAAUGAUACGGAGCACCUGGAAACCGACGACGGAUAAAACUGUGCAGGCAUGGUUCAUUAUAGGUAACAAGGACUGUCCAAUUCACCCCGAGAAUAGAAUUGACAAGUAUGGUUGUAAAAGAUGGAAUGCUAACUUUCUAGGUUCGCAUUAUAUUGUCCAUAACCAUUUUCUCACCAAUGUCACAAUACCGAAAGACCCCAAGCACAGAAAAGUAGGAGGAAGUGUGGUUGAUAGACUUCAUUUUAAAGUCAUGUGUAGCGUUUAUGUUAAGAGAAUUGGUGUUGUUUCUUUGCUGUUAAACUUUAAUCCAAAUGUUACUGUUCAAAUUAUAGAGGCAUGGUCUGAAAAUGUAGUUGCAUCUGUGCAGUUUUCACCCAUUGAUCCAGGAAUCGAGAUAGAAAACUGUAUGUUCCAGCCCAUUCCGGACGUGAUUUUAUAUAAAAGCUAUGAAUACAUUAUAGAAAUCGAAAAUUUAAGUUCUAGUGAAAAGCUGUCCUAUUUUAAUGUAGAUACUGUGUUAAACAACUUUGAUGGAGCUAUAUAUUAUCACACAAAUGUUAGAAAGUAUGAUACAGUUCUACCAACUAUGUGGCUGGAGGUCAAAGGUAUCAGCGAUAUUGAUGAUUUUAAACGUGCAGCUGAAUUAGAUGAUGAAUGGAGAAAGCGGAACACCGAUAUCCGUCAACAACUUGAAUCUGAAGCAGAUGAAUAUCAGGAUAUCUUAUUUGUGGACACUGUUGAUGUUUAUAGGAGUUUACCAAUCAAGUUACUAUCAUUUCAUCAAUGGCUGUUUAGAAAUGCGCAUCCGAGUUUCAUUUUAAAAACCGACGAUGAUUGUGUAAUUAAUUUGAAUUCAAUUUUGAAGGAUUUAUCAGAGUUAAAGGAAAGAAAUGAAGAUUAUCUGUGGUGGGGACAGUUUAGGAAACAAUGGCUGGUACAGAAAUUUGGAAAAUGGGCCGAGUUUUCUUAUACCGCUGAUGUUUAUCCGGAAUUCGCCUGUGGUUCUGGAAAUGUAGUAAAUACAAAGGUACACGAAUGGAUAGCAAAUAAUGCAGAUCAAUUACACAUGUAUCAGGGAGAGGACGUAUCAAUGGGGAUUUGGAUGGCUGCCAUAUCCCCUGUUCAUAUCGAGGAUAAACGCUGGCAAUGCUCGAAGAAUUGUUCUCGUGAAUCAUUAAGUAUUCCAGAACUUCAACCACUGGAAAUAAAAGAGCGCUGGCGAAACUUACAACUCUGUGAUAGUCUAUGUAACUGCGAAGUUCGAUAAAAUUUACCUCACAAUCUCAAUGAUCAAUAGUUCAUAUAAUAUACAUAACAUUUGUUUUAUGUAUUUUUCUUUCCAAAAUUAGUUUUUCAAUGGCAAAAAUAUGUCACCAUCUUUCACUUUGCAUGGCAGAAUAAUUUGGAUUGAAAUAAUGAAGUUGCUUCUAAAAAAAAAAAAUUAUAUGAUAAAUAUUGUGUUUGAAUUUGGUAUUCUAUUAAAGUUUGUGUAUUGAAA